UUUUCAAAACUCCGUUCAUCAUAUGUCUCAACGGUUUUUGAUGUACUUAAUAUACUACGUAUCUCAGAUUACUUUUUUCACUUUCAACCCUCAUUAUCUUUAUUAUAUGUGUUUGUCUGAAGUGUUAAAAAUAAUAGUAAAUGGCCUUCACGCGAGCGCGCAAACGCGGUAAUUUCGACGGGCAUCAAGAGUCUACUUAUCAUUGCUCAUGUGUUAUAAAAUGUCAGUUACAUUCAGGUUUUGGCACAAGAUGGGGACAUAGUGUUUACUUGCUCAUCAUUAUCACUACUUUAUGAACGAAAAAUUACAUAGUUCAAUUCAGUGAAGUUUAAGCGUUAUGCCACGCAGCAUUCAUCCAACGUCCCGUCCGCACAAGCACCAAAAAAUUAAGGACUCUAUGAGAUAACUAGGGAGGGGAAAGUUUAACCCUCGGAGAAUCAUUUCCAUCUCUCUUAAAGAUUCACAUCCAAAACGAGAUUCAGAGGUUUUGUUCAACUGAAUUGAUUCUGAACUGUUCAACAUCCUACUUUGAAGUAUUUCUCAAGAUUUGUCUGUUGGUGAAGCAACUCUGAGUAGAUGGGUGUACUUCAAAAGUUGUUUGGUAUGAAAGUACUUGUUACUGACAAAUACUGUUAGCUGUGGUCUGAUGAUGGGAUUUGGGGAUGUUUUGCAGCAGCGAAAUGAACACUGGAAGCAGUUCAACAGGGAAAAAAUAUUAUCUUCCGAAAGUGGAAGACCAUCAAAAUCAGUCCCCGAAGUUCUAAUAAACAAUGAAAAUCCGAUUCCUUUUUCCAGUGGGAAGGAGUAUGAUGAAGAUUACAAACACGACUGUAUACGAACGAAAAACAUGAUCAUAGUAGGAGUUUUGCAGGGUCCCUUUCAUCACUACUUUUAUUUAACACUAGAUCGUAUAUUACCUGCAAAAAACUCUGUUACCAUAGUAAAGAAAACACUCAUAGAUCAACUUGUGGCCAGCCCUGUUUGUCUAGCCAUAUUUUUUUAUGGCCUUGGAAUACUGGAACAUCGAAAAAUGAAAGAUAUAAACGAAGAAGUGAAACUUAAACUUAUGGACACAUGGAAGGUUGACUGGUGUUACUGGCCACCGAUCCAAUUUAUCAACUUUCUGUUGAUUCCUAUACAGUAUCGAGUGAUUUAUAUAAAUUUGAUGACAAUGAUAUAUGAUAUGUUCCUAUCGUAUAUGAAAUAUGAUGCCCAAUAUGACUGACGGAAAUUGGCGGCUGAACCUGUUCUAAGAAUAAAUGAAGCUAUAAAUAUCUAACCUUUGAUGAGGAGGUGAUAGUGUGGAUAAUGUGACAACUAAAAUGGUUUAUGAAAUUCUCAUGUUAAACACCCAAAAUCCGUCUCAAUGUAGUAAUUAAGCUGAUGAUGGUUUCAUAACGACAAAUGAUGAUUACUUUUGAAAGUCUCCACAAAAUUCGCAUCACUAUUGAUUAUUUGACGUUAAGCGACAUGGAAUUGUGUAGGUAUGCAUCUUCAAUUGGUUGCCAGUAGGUGUAAAUAUAGCUAUUUGCAAAGUACAGUUAUACACAAAUAGUAGAUUAAAAUUAAACAUUGCUUAACAAUUUGCACUUGUGCUUUAUAAAAGUACGAGUGGGAUUAAGAAAUACGAGAAAACAUUGUUGUCUUUGGCGAUUAAUGAUGACCAAAGACAAAAACAAAUUACAUGUUGAAAUCACACAUUCAGGAAAGUCAUGUGUUUGAAAUGUCACAAACCAAUUGUGGUAGAUAGAAGAUUGAUGCAGAAACAGAUAUUCCGGUUUGCCAACCCUGUGACAUACUUUAACUCUGUAAAUUUAUGUGUUUAUUUUUUUUUUACACAGUCAACCGAUUUGCAAGCAGUGUUUACUGUGCUGUUUACCAGCCGUGUGCAGUAGUCAUAAAACAUAUCAGCAAAGAAGAGAAACUUACAUUUGUUAUUGAACUCCUUCUGGCUCGCUGUCUAAUGACAUUUGCUGCCAUUUGUUGAGCUAUAAUUAUUAAAUUUAGUUGACAUCAAACCAAUUAAUUAUAAGAUUUGCGAUAUGCUACGGAUUAAGAAUGAGCCGCCACUAAAGUGUCAAAAGCAUAUCUGGUGCAUUGAAUACAAUAAUCCAGUAUCACCUUGGACCAUGUCAUAUGGUUAAAUGACUUGUGACGUUUUACCGCCAUGCGUAUGCGAGAAGAAAUUUGCUGCAACUAUUCCUCUCUUGAUUCGUGGUGAUGUAAUACCACACAACAAUGGUGUUGCCGGUGGUGUUUUAGGUUAACUUAUCGCGAUUCAUGUAAUUUUGUGAUAUUCGGUGUUGUGAAAAAUGGACAAUAGGAUCACUAGAGAUGAUCUUGAUGAGGAGGCGAUUAACAAUGAAAUAUUCAGUGACA